AUGUGCUCGCGUGUGACAUCUGUCUAUAGUAUCAAUGUUUGCCGCACGCUAUGGCACGUUAUGCCAUCCAUUUUAUUUGCUUUAACCAAAGGCAACCCCGUUUAUACCGAUGAGAAUUUUUCAUUCCGCUUGAGAAAAAUACCUGACCUCGCUGCUCGAAACGUUUUGGCUAAAGAUGCAUAA